GAUGAUGUUCUAAGUUCCUGAAACAACAAAUAUGAAUAUUGAUCGAUCAUAAAUAGCACUGUGGCGCUAUUGAUCCUUUCAACUUAAGAAGCUAAAACUCUCUUCGGUCUGACUGAUAAUACAUAUUGGCCUAACAAGCUCGCCACCAACGCGAAUACAUAUCCUCUAAUAAUCCAUCAUAAUUGAUUCCAAUCUGAUUAAAUCUACACGAUGCCACAUACAGGAGUCUUCUUCAUCCCCUCCAGUCCCAACGCACCUAACAUCGUGGGUCUUCUCACAGAGCGUCUUCGAUCUGUCUACAGCGACGAAGCCAUCCCCAUCGGACGCUGGGUUCUAGAACACAAAUUAAUGCGCGACACACCAUCAUGUCUACCAGCGUCAGCGCAUGCACCCAAUCCAGCCCCCAAACCACGCUAUGUGCAAUUCUUAUCAAUGACGAAUUACCCAAAAGUAGGGUUCAUAUAUGCCUCUGAAAAUGUUGACGGUGAAAACCCAAAGACAAAAACAACGACAGAGUCGGGUAUGAUCAUGUCUACUGUUCCAAAUGCUUCUUCAACGGAGAUAUUUCGCCAUUUUGUGCGCUGCUGUGAACCGAUUUGGUGUCAUCGACAUUCAGUCUCGGUCACGGGGGCAGUUUAUGAAGUUGGGGAUUUUCGAGUUCGACUAGGUGAAGUGCGGCAGAUGCAGCCGCAUGCGAGGCCUAGGGGCACUAUUAUGGAGAUUGAAUGGAAGGGGCCGUCGAUGAUUGCGGCUGCUUUGUCUACUUCAUUUUUGGAUCAUGAUGGCAGUCAAAUCGGCAACGAGAUGGAUAUAGAUGGUGGGAUUGAUUCGGAUAUGGAAACACCCUACAUCCCCACCGAGGCUCAAAUACAGCUCGAAUACGAACAAGUAUCACAUUUAAUCAAGGAAUUCUGGACAUGCAUCUACAAUUCCAACGACAGCAAUAACAAUAAACAACUCUCUGCUGCCGCCGUCCAAGAAGCUAUUCUCAUCCCCGAUGUAGGCCGAGAAGUGAAACAAAAGAUAGCGCAGCGUCGACAGCCCGGCUGGCAAGAACGAGAGAAAAGACGACGAAAGAAGAGACGUGAAGCUAUUGCAUUGGAUAGGAGCUGGGGUGGGUUUUCUGAAAAACAACAACAACAGCAAGACGAGGAGGAAGAGGAUAUAGAGGGAGAUGUUGAUCUGGCAAGGCAGUAUAUGGAGCUUUUUCGAUUCAAUCGGUAGCCUCUCUCCAGAGAAAAGAUCUUUGUUAAAUUUCAACAAGAAGCAAGAAAUAAUACGAGCCACAAGGAUCAAGUCCUAAAGCACACGACGAGCACAUCGUCUAGAAAAUGUAAGAUUAACUUGGAAGAAGAAAGAAGAUUCCCAAAUUGUGUAUGAUAUCAAUGAAGAAAAUCCCGUUCACAUUUCACGGUAAAUGUAACCACCCAGCAACACGAAUUUUGCUCCCAUUCAAUUUCAACUUCGCCUGUCUGUCCACAGAAGAAAUCAAGAAAGCCCGCUUAUAUACGUCCAAGAUAAACGAGGAAAGAAACGAAUCACAACGACCGGGCAACCUCGCACAACACAAAAUCAGCAGAAAAAGACGCUUAUUUCUGCAUCAUGAGCUGUACGAACUCGUUGU